UAAAAAGCUUUUGUAAGACCUAAGAAUUUUUUAUGGCAAGCUUUGCCAGUGAAGUAAUUAGUAUUUUCUUGAUCAUUUAUUUUUUCCACAAUCUCAUUUCAAAAGAGAUACUUAUUUUUAUUUGUAGUAGCGUGAUACUCCGCAUUUCUAUUUUUUCAUUCAUCAAUGAGGAUGUGAAGUUUGGCAUCAGAGAACUCCAUAGUUGA